AUGUAACGUAAUAUAAUUAGUUUUAAAUGAAAUUAUUAAAUAAUUAUUCAGUGGUAAAAACAAAACAUUAAUGAAAAAUUUGCAAUUUUACCAAAAGGCAGGAGAUGAAUCAUUAUGUCAAGUCUCGAGAUCUAGAUUCUAAACGCCCUAACCUGUACGAGUGUUUUUAUUUUUGUUGUCUAGGUUUUAUAUAUUUUAAAAGAGAUUUGUGAAACAAAUAUGGGUAAGAAGAAAAAUAAGAAUAAGCUGAGCGGUGCUGUGAAAACCGCCGCAAAAACUGAGAAAAAGUUGGCCAACAAACUGAAAAAAGAACUCGCAAACUUAGGCGAGGAGGAUAUUGCAAAAGUAAUAGCUCAGAUUGAGCGCGAGGAAGCGAAGAGAGCGGCAGCGACAGACAAGACACUGCCAGGGCCUCCGUCCCCACGAGCAUAUGCCUCCCUGACUUCACACCCCACAAACAAUGAACUUAUUAUGUUUGGUGGAGAGUACCAUAAUGGGCAGAAGACAGAGACAUAUAAUGAGUUGUUAUUCUACAACCCCGCUAACAACACAUGGCGGCAAGUGAAGGCGCCGGGUGCGCCGCCGCCACGCAGCGCUCACCAGGCGGUCGCCACACCAGCCAAUAAAGGAGAACUAUGGGUGUUUGGUGGAGAGUUCACAAGCCCAUCAGAGACACAGUUUUACCACUACAAAGAUCUUUGGUGCUUCUCACUAGCUGAGAAGAAAUGGGAAAAGGUGGUAGCCCCCAAUGGCCCAUUCCACGCUUCUGGUCACUGCAUGGUGCUCCUCGGGCGCAAGUUGUUCGUGUUCGGCGGCUACGCGGACGACGGCCGCGAGUGUAAAUACUUUGACGACGUGUACACAUUCUGCCUUGACACUCGCGUAUGGACUAAACUCGCGGCCAGUGGGAGAGGACCCUGUGCUAGGUCAGCAUGUGUCACUGUUCCGGCUGGGAAUGACUCGUUGAUAGUGUACGGUGGUUUCUCCCGCGUGCGGGAAGGCAAGACCGAGCGCACACACACACACACGGAUCUCUUCCGGCUGAGCGAGCGGACGGGCGGCGGCUGGACGUGGCGCAGUCUCACAGGUGGCGCCUUCGCCCCCCCGGCCAGGGCCGGACACGCCGCCGCUGUCAAUGUGCACAGUAAUAAGGCGUAUGUCUUCGGUGGAGUUAGUGAUGUGGAGGAGACAGAAGAGGAGCUCCGAGGCGAGAUGAGCGACGAGCUACUCCUGCUGGACUUGGAGACAGGCAAAUGGCACAAUGUGCCAUUGCGCGUACAAACCAAGCAGAUGGAAGAAGUUAAAGAGCCAGUGGAAACUGUAGAAGAUGAUACAAAGGAGACUGUUACAGUGGUAACAGACGAAGUAUUCACCAUGAAGCUGGGCGGCGCCCCGGUCAGUACAGGUGGCG